AUCAGCCGGUGCCAAGAUGUUUCUUAUCUGUCAACAUUCAGAAGAAAAACUGGCGUUCGCACUUGCUGUAUUACAUUCUGAGGGAAGAAACACUGCAUACAAAUGGAAACAAAGGUGUUUAGAAACGUGCAAAAGGAACACUCCGCAGUGAUGGUGAAGAAAGGAAUCAAGAACAAAAGGAACACUUGCCAGUGAUGGUGACAAACUUCCAGUGCAAGACAAAGGCAAGUUCUUUGCAGAUCCCUGCAAAACAAUGUAAUUAUUGAAUCAUAAAUUAUUAUCUUAUCCGAACUGAAAAUGACAAAGUUUACUGAAAAUCUGAUAGAGAUAAGCAGC